AUGCCGCCUCCCGUCGAAGACAUGUCCGACGAGGAGACAGGCGACAUCCCUUUUGGCCAGAAUAAUGGUGCCGCUAAGGACACCGAAGAGUCGGAUCAAGAGAAGGACGAGGACGAAGCGGACGAGGAAGAGGAACAAGAUCCAGACAUUUACAUCGUCGAGAAGAUCAAUGAGCAUGUCUGGCUAGGUAAUGGGACUCUUUCGCUGCUGGUGAAGUGGAAGGGCUGGGAAAAACCCGAAGACCUUACCUGGGAACCCGAGGCCGAAUUGAAGAAGGGUGCCAAUAUUGCUCUACAGGAAUACUACAAAUCAAUUGGCGGACGUCCAAAGAACCCACCAAAGGCCGCGCCGAAGGCUGGACCAGGACGCAAACGCAAGUCGCUGGGCGAGACGAAGGCGAACUCUACUCCUGAAUCCACUGAACCCAAGAGGCGACGGAAGUCUGAGGCUCUCACGAGCGAGGAGCCGCCCGCGGAGACAGCUGCGGAGAGCGAGGAAGACGAUUUGAGCUGGACUCCUAAGUCCAAGGACUGGGAUAACCAAAUCGAUAAGAUUGACACUAUCAUCCGGGACCAGGAGAGUGGCAAUCUAUUCGCAUUCCUCCUUUGGAACAAUGGGAGGCGCUCACGAGUCGCAAUUAGCCUCUGCUACGAUAGGUGCCCUCGGAAGAUGCUUGCCUUCUACGAGCAACAUCUGGUCUUCAAGGAUGGCUGA